GCUGCUACGAGCUUGGUCGCUGGCUCCCAGUUAUUUCAGUUCUGUAAAGCAUCUGAACAGGCAGAAGGCAAGGAGGAGCAACACUUGUGCUGCAAACACAUUGCUCUCUUCAGGAUGGACUUUUGUCCUGCUGGGUCAACUGACUUGAGUGAAGCUGAAAAGGCUGAAAUAGAGACAAUCAGGCAGCACAGACAGGAGCUUUUGGAGGACAUUAAGAAGCUGAAGGAACAAAUUGCUGAAGUGUUUGCAGAGAUUGAGUGCUUCCAAAAUGCAGAUGAGAGGCAAGAGGCAGACAAUAACCCUGGGAAGCAGACCAGCAAACUGUCACAGAGGGACAAACUUCUGUCCCUGGGCAGGAAGAAAUUCAACAUGGACCCUGCAAAGGGGAUCCAGUACCUGAUUGAGCACCAGGUAUUGUCCUCAGACCUGCAGGAGAUCGCCAAAUUCCUCCACAAGGGUGAAGGCCUGAACAAGGCAGCCAUUGGGGAUUACUUGGGUGGGAGGGACCCCAUGAACAUCCAGAUCCUCCAAGCCUUUGUAGCAUGUCACGAGUUUGCCCACCUCAACCUGGUGCAGGCACUGAGACAGUUCCUAUGGAGCUUCCGGCUGCCUGGGGAAGCACAGAAGAUUGAUCGGAUGAUGGAGGCCUUUGCCAACUGGUACUGCAAAUGUAACCCAGGAGUAUUCCAGUCCACAGAUACCUGUUAUAUACUCUCCUUCUCUAUCAUCAUGCUUAACACCAGCCUGCACAACCCCAAUGUGAAAGACAAACCCCCCUUUGAAAGGUUUGUGUCCAUCAACAGAGGCAUUGACAAUGGAGGGGACUUGCCAGAAGAGCUCUUAAAGAAUCUGUUUGAGAGCAUAAAGAACGAGCCAUUCUCCAUACCAGAGGACGAUGGAAAUGACCUCACACAUACUUUCUUCAACCCUAACCGUGAGGGUUGGCUCCUGAAACUAGGAGGACGUGUGAAAACCUGGAAACGUCGUUGGUUCAUUCUGGCCGAUAACUGCCUCUACUACUUUGAAUAUACCACGGACAAAGAGCCUCUGGGCAUUAUCCCCCUGGAGAACCUAUCAGUCCGGAAGGUGGAUGAUCCCAAAAAGCCAAACUGCUUUGAACUCUUCAUUCCCAACUGCAAAGGGCAGAAGAUCAAAGCCUGCAAAACAGAUGCGGAUGGAAAGGUGGUCGAAGGCAAGCAUCAGUCCUACAAGAUCUCAGCAACCACACCAGCAGAACGUGAUGAGUGGAUUGAGGCAAUACGGAUGAGCAUCACACAGGAUCCUUUCUAUGAUCUGGUCUCUGCCCGUAAGAAAAAGAUUGCCAGCAAAAACUGAGUUCUGACCUGGUCACUGACAGCAGGAAGAUAUAAUUGUUGGACAGCUUCCCUCCCAUGCUGGGCUCUUCCAGUGAAGAAAUUUGGGAGCAUUGGUUCCCUCUGCCUCCCACUUGGCAGGAAGAUGACUGAUAGGACAACUUGCCAGAUUUACUUCUUCCUUUUCCAAACUGAAGGCAGAGGCACAGCGUGCAAUCCACUGAGGACUGUUGGAGCAGUGGGCAUGGCGCUUCCCAUGUCCAAAUGUAAAGGCUCAACAGCAGCUGGCCUUUCGGUUCUCCUAUAUAGCUCCAGGCAUGUAGGACAAGAUCUGAGAGGAGUCAAGAACAUCCUCAGAAUGUUCCAGCCCCUCCUGCCAUCAAACCAGGCCUGGGUAUUUUUCUGAGGAGGCAUGUAGGUGCUCUCAGAGCCACCAAGCAUGGUCCAAUCAGUUGCAGAGCACCCCAGUGGUUUCCUUUCCCUGAACAGAUGUGUAGUUGUGGUACAGAAGGAGCCACUGAUAUCUAAGAUCUCACUGUGAAACCAGAGACCAAAGGAAGAUAAGAAUCCCUCUGCUCAGAAGAGAGCCCUUUUUACCUCUUUCUAUAGCCAUGAGGGCUGUAAUCCUGGGAGGACCCUGAUCUGUAACUAAGUCAUAGUUUUUAGGAAGUUAAAGAUGUUGGAUAGGGAGAUAAGGGGUUACUGAGUGUAGAGAGGCUGGAGGACCAGGGAAGCUGUUCUGGGUCUUUUGUCUUUUUGCUUUGAGACUCAGGGACCACCACAGGUUUCCCUAGGGAAGAAACCCAGACAACUAGCUCUCCUCCUGGCUGAUGGCUCCUCAAGAAAGGUUGCUUCCUUGCACCACCCCAGAGGCCUGAGCUUUGUAUCUGAAAGGCAUGCAGCCAGAAGGCUGUAUGCACACCACACACACAAGCACACACACUGAGGCUAACCCAUCUACACACAUUGUUUUCAUCUGGAGUCUGAAGUGGGGUGUUUUUUGUCUCUUGUGUAAAGGAAGAAAUAAAAGUGCUUGAAACAAGCCCAGAA